GAGCGAACCAGCCAGAAAAUAAAAAAAACACAAGGUGGGAGGAAACUCGGGAACUGUAUUUACCGCUGAGGCCUGCUGAGAGCAACCGAGAGAAAGGCGAACGCGAAGGGCACUCUGUCUCUCUCUCUCUCUCUCUCUCUUCUCGAACAUCCGGCCUCCGCUUUCGCAGCGGGGCUCUGUGAAUUUCCGCUGCUCCGUUUCGUUUACCCGCGCAGCCGAUCGAUUCAGAUCCGACGCGCCACCCGUUCACCGGAGAAAGGGAGAAGGGGGGAGGAGUAAAAUUUCCCAAACAGAAGACGACAGAGUGAAAAAUGGACGGCGGCAAUUCAGCGGCGGAGGAGUCCGCUAGCCAGGUGGAAGAAGAGGUCGGAAGAGUAGUGGAAGAGGCGAGGCAGCUGCAGGAAUCGGCUGCCUCUCACAUCGCCCGGAGCUUCAGCGAAGAGCAGUCACUCCGCCAGCGCGCUAAUUCCAUCGACUCUUCGGUCCGUCGCUGCCGUUCUCUCCUUCACUCCUGCCUCUCCCGCCGCCUCAUCGACGCCAAGCUAGCUGACAAGUUGGAAGACGAGCUGCAGAGGGCCAAGUGUGUUGUUUCCGAUGGGGAUGCCGCUGCUUUUCUCCCUAACAAGUCCCAAGGUGGCUUUCUCAGGAUGUUUCUGGGUCCAAUUAACGUGCGUGCCUCUCGCAAAGAUGUCCAGUUGAAGGUUAAAGAAGAGUAUAACAGUUACAGGGAUAGAACCGCCCUUUUAUUUCUUUUUUUCCCAUCAGCGCUACUAAUUCUGAGGUCUUGGCUGUGGAAUGGGUGCUUGCCAGCGUUCCCUGUUCAGCUAUAUCAGGCAUGGUUAUUGUUCCUUUACACCGGGUUGGCCUUGCGAGAAAACAUUCUGAGGGUCAAUGGAAGUGAUAUUCGUCGAUGGUGGAUAUACCAUCACUAUUGUGCUAUGCUUAUGGCCCUAGUAAGUCUUACAUGGGAGAUUAAAGGACAGCCCAAUUGCGCUGCAAAACAGAGAGGGGUCCAACUUUUCUUGCAAUGGGCUAUGAUGCAAGGAGUGGCGAUGCUUUUACAGAAUAGAUACCAGCGCCAGAGACUUUAUACUCGAAUUGCAUUGGGAAAGGCCAAGAGAAUGGAUGUCGUGUGGGGUGAAACUGCAGGUGUAGAUGGCCAAUUGUGGUUGUUGUGCCCCAUUCUCUUCAUUUUGCAGGGUUUCGAGGCAUAUGUUGGGCUGCAGUUGCUGAUGACUGCAUUCGUGAGGGUCGUCACUGAGUGGCAGGUGAUCUUCUGCGGAUUCCUUCUGGUCCUGAUGGCCGUGGGGAACUUCUUCAACACGGUACAGACACUGCUGACGAAGUCGAGGUUCAAAGCCAAAAUGAAGAGGGUUAAGAGUAAGCCAGAGUUGGAUUGAAUGCAAAAGCCACUUAGUUUGGUAGGAUUUAUACUUUGUGCUGGCUAAAGCAAGCCAUGAGAUGUCACUCGCGACAUUUCCACCCUCUGUUUAAGGUGGUUUCUGAAAACCUGUCGGAAAUAUCUUCUUAUAAGGUUCUUGCUGUGAACAUGCCGACCGGGAUCGGAUGUGCUUCUCUCAUGUUUCCCUCGAGAGAAGUUUGGAAAAAGAAGGUAAAGAGAUUUAGGUUGGGAAGUGAUAGAAUGAUCGGAUAAGUUGGUCCAUCAGAGUGGCUGUUUAUAGGUUGUACUUUUGCCUGAUGGGGGUUAGCUCCUGAUUUCCAGUUGGUUUUGGUUUUGUUUACAGUUGAGGACUUGACGUUGCUGCCGGGUUGACGAUUGAAUAACAAUGUGAAUUAUAUUUAGGAUUUAGGAAGUGUGUCCUAUAGCGAAAUGUGUGCUUAGGCUUCGGCAGAUGAAGACAGUACUCGAAGCGUGGCUAAGCUACUAGGAAGCACGAGCAUCGUCAGUUCUGCGUAUGAAAAAGUUCGACAUGAACUCGGAGUGAGCACACAGAAAAACCAAAACCAAUUGUACUCGAAAGAGCGUCCCUAUAUCGUUGUAAAAGAGCAAGAGCUUGUGAUUUAUAACUCAGCUUACAUAUUCAAAAUCUUCUGCAACCUCUAUAAUUUCACAAACAUAAACCUUAC